GUCAAGAGCAGCGGUUGAAUCAAAUAUUUUUUUUAACAAAUCUACUCUUGUAAUUGUGUUAUUGAGUAUGAGAUGGGAUGACUAUCGUUAAUUCUCGUGUAGUAAACACCAAUACAAUUAAAAUGAAGGUAAAAUUAAAAAAUCAUCCUACAAUAAUAGGAAUUCCGAAUAUUCAAAAUACCUGUUAUAUAAAUUCGAUAUUACAAGCAUUAGCAUCUCUCUAUAAUUUUAACGAUUACAUAUGCCAAUUGUCUUAUAAAUAUAUGUUAAAUAAAUCAAAUAUACAUACAAUUAUGCGCAUUCUUAUAGCAAAAAUAAAUGGUGAUAAUGUAUUCUCAGAGCACCAUCUCACAGAUCUUGUUAAUCAACUACUUUGUUAUAUUAAUAAAAAAGGCUGGAUUAUUCAAAAAGGUGAGCAAGAUGCCUUAGAAUUUUACCAUGUUCUAUUAGAUAUAUUUGAUGACGAAAUCCCCAUGGCCACAAGCAAUUAUGGCUUGAAUUUAUAUAACAUAAGUACUGAUUUAGGAAAUUUAUCCAAACAUAAUAAUAAUAUAUCCACUAAUUCAAAAUCCCCAUUUUUAGGUAUAUUAGUUAAUUUAUUAACCUGUAAUGAUUGUAAUUAUAAUUAUCCAUUAAAAUUUGAAACUUUUAAUCACUUGACAAUAUCAAUUGAUAAUUCUUCUCAUAAAUCUGACAAUAGUGAAAUUUCUCAUUUGGAUACAUUUAUAUAUAGCACUUUAAAGCCUGAAAUUAUUAAAGGAGUUAAAUGCGAAAAGUGUUAUAAAAAUAAAAACUCAUUUUCAAAUUUAACCAAGCAAGUCUUUUUAGUUAGAUUACCUAAAUGUCUGUCUCUUCAUAUACAAAGAUUAUCCUAUUCAAAUAAUAUCAAUGGACUCAUAAAUAAAAAUGAAGGGAAUUUAAAUGUACCAUCAACUAUUAAUUUAGACAAAUAUUGUUUAAACAAACAUUUGGACAAAAUAUCAAAAAAAUGCAAUAAAUAUAAAAUACAACUCAAAGAAAUAAAUUCUUAUAAUUAUUUUUCAUUUCUCUACUUAAAUUUUUCGUGGCCUCUUAAGUUUGGCAAAAAAAACAUACCAUGCAAGCCUAAUAUAUUUUUAUCAUUUUUACAAAAUUGUCAUUUUAAUACUUUUAUUAUGGGUAAUAAUAGAUAUAUCUUUGGUAAUGUUUAUUCCAUGGACCUCAAUCUUCAGUGUGAUAAAACUGAUUUGCAGCAAACUUAUAACCAAAAUUUUGACUUGAAUACUAAUUACAAAUUAAAGGCUAUUAUUCAACAUCACACAAUUAAUAUAACAUCUGGUCAUUUUACAACUUUACGAACAAGGCCUUAUUAUAAAGAUAAUUUUGAUGGGGCCAACAAAAAUAUUUGGUUUUAUAUAUCAGAUGAUUAUGUCAGACCACUGCCCAUGAUUUUCAAUAACAAAAAUUAUGUCAAAGUUCCAGCAUAUAUGAUUUUUUAUGAAAAAUUAUAAGCAUAAUAUAAGAGUAAUAUAGAGUAUAUUAUGUGAUAAAUAAUUUUAAUAAAUAUUUAUUUUCAAUCAUGUAAAUAGAUAUAAUUUUUUUAAUUAUAUAUUUGUAUAAAAAAUAUCCCCGUGAUGAUCUUAUAUAAAUAUAAAUAUGAUUUAAGAUAUUUUUAAAUAUACUGUUACACAUAAUUAAACUUGUAUAACCUUUCUAUUAGUUAUAUUUCAAUAUUAAGAAU